AUGAUCGACCAAACCGACCAAUGGUUUUGGUGGUUCACACCUGAUCGGGUUACACCAACCAAUAAAAUUCGUGAUCAAAAAUGCUUUGAUAAUACGCGAUCGCGUCUCUCAGGAAUCUCAAAAUUUCAAAAUAUGGAAACGCAAAAGGAAGAUCUCCGAAAAUGUUUAGUUUAUGUAAGUCGCUUUGCUAUGGCUAAAGCUGCAGAUCUUGCAAAGACGUACUUAGCUGACCUAGACAAUAAAUUUAAGUCAAAGCGGGCCGAGGAUUUUUGGCGGAAACUUGAGAACAAACAAUUGAGUGAUGAUGUAAAAUUUUCUAAGGAAAAACAUGCUAAGAAACUUGUCAUUAACGUUUUGCGGGAACAUGAUGCUGUUAGUGGCCUAAUGGCUUCUGAAACCGACCAACAAUGCUCCAAUGGUGACGGAUUUUCCAAUGGCGAAAGCCGUUCCAAUGAUAACGACCUUUCCGAUGAUGACAACCUUUCUGAUGAUGACGAUUUUUCCGAUGAUGACGACCUUUCCGAUAACAACAAUGAUGACUUUUCUAAUGGUUCUAAAUCAGAGAAAGAUGAAGAAUGUGAGAAUGAAGAUAACGUGGAUGUUACUGAGUUACGUGAACCAUGUGUGACGGAAUCUGACAUCGGAAAAGCGUUAACUUCAGAUGAAUGGAUGGAAGUACAAGCACUAGUGGAGAAUUAUCGAUCAAAAAUACCGAAGACGAGUCCACUAUUUUAUCACAUUGUUGACCAUUCAGGUCAACACGGACCAACCACAAGAUUACUUGAGCAAUAUUUGACAUCAAUGCGUCAGUCAUUACCUAACGUUAGUUUUGAUCUGCCAAGCCUUUCAGCCGAGCAAGAAAAGUAUUUUGACGAACUGUUUGCGGCAGAGGACCUACAAGAUGUCCGUGCAAGAACUCCUGAUCAACGAACUGCAAAAAAAUUAGUUGAUAGGAUCAAUGAUUCGAUAAAUUGCUCAAACAAAGACAAUAUCCCAGAAUAUGAACACACCAUGCGCAAUGUGAUUCCAUUCAUUGACGCAUCAAUCAGAGAUGUCUCAGACUACGUUAUACGCUAUUUUGAAAGUACGCUUCGUGCCACAGCAAUACGUCGCAAUUUGGGUGGAGAUCCUACAGAGCGCGCGCGAAUGGGAUAUAGAGUAGAUGUGCUUGUCAAGUUUCAUGGCCUUCAUUGGAGUCCUGACCUUGCAUGUGGCGAGAUAUCAGGUGGACUUCCGAGGUGCUCUCGUGCUAAAGAGUGGAUAGAUACCCUUAAACUCGGGUGGGAACUGCGUGAUGUGUGGGCUCUGACCCAAGAUCAGCUAAAUGGGGUAGAUGCCAGUACUUUAGUCGUAUGGGGCUUUACUAUUGUUGCCCGCACAAUUCGUAUUUAUGCUCUUGUAGCUGCUGGUGGUUUGUUCCAUCUCAUACUUGCUUAUGAGGCACCUUUACCUUCAUCUAAAUGGGACAUUUGUAACAUCAAAAUUGCUUAUUGCACCAUGUUGGGAUUUUUUCAAAAGUUGAAUACUACCAAAAAGAUGCUUGUUGAUCUGAACUACAAAAGAACAAAAAUAUUAUGUUCCGGAGUAAAACGGAAGAAGUUGUCUACUUCGUUUUCUUCCCCACCAAUCAUUGGAUCACCAGCGAAAAAAAAGAUAAAAUAA